GGUGCCCCCCCCCUUUCAACGCUGCGCCAGGACCAUAGAGACAGAACCUCCAGCGCAACCAGAGCGCCGCGGCCGCCAUUUUUGAGCCGGGCGGAUGACGCCGCGCUCUGGCCCCGCCCAAGUGAGGGAGAGAGGGGCGGGGCCGCCUCUGACGUGACCGGGGGGGAGUGAGGUGACGUAGCGGCGGAGGGAAGUGUGAUCCCGCACGGUGAUUGGCUGCCGGAGCUGUCAGUCACACGGCGGACGGGCGCGGGAGCGGCGGCGGGGCCCGAGCGCCGCCAUGCCCAGCUGAUGUUCAGCCUGGAGGAGUUCCCGGAGGAGCCCGGCUCCCCCGGCGGGGGGUGUCCCCCCCCCGGCCCCCCCGCGGCAGAGGCGCGGGCGCGGCUGGGGUCAGAGGGGGAACGCGGCCCCGGGGAGCCCCCCCCGGGGGUCCGGGGCCGGUCGCGCUCCGCCCCCCCCGCGCUCUGGGCGGCGCGAAGGUUCGGGCGGCAGCUGAGGAGGAUGAGCGAUGAGUUCCAGCAGCAGGUGCUGCCGCGCGCCAGCAGCGCGGGGGGGGCGGGGGGGUGGCGCGAGGUGCUGAGGAGCUGGUGGGGGGCCCCGCCCCCCCCCCGGCCCCGCCCCGCCGCGACCCCCCCAUUGACAGCCCCCCCCCGGGUCCCCCCCCCACGCUUCGGGGGGGGGGGGCCACGUUUUAGGGGGGGUGGGCAAUAAAAAUAGCGAUUUUUUA